ACUAAUUUCUCUCCCUCAUCAAAAUGUCCAACAAAGUUCACGUAGGGAGCGUUGAGAUGGAGGAAGGUUUGAGCAAGACGAAGUGGAUGGUUCUAGAACCUUCUGAGAAGAUCAAGAAGAUUCCUAAAAGGCUUUGGAGGAUCGGAAAAGAUGAUCCGAGGAGAGUGAUACAUGCCCUUAAAGUAGGCCUUUCCCUGACAAUUGUGUCCUUGUUAUAUCUCAUGGAACCUCUCUUCAAAGGCAUUGGAAGCAAUGCUAUUUGGGCAGUCAUGACCGUUGUCGUCGUCCUUGAGUUCUCUGCCGGUGCAACGUUGUGCAAAGGACUUAACAGAGGACUAGGGACACUAAUCGCGGGAUCUCUAGCAUUUUUCAUUGAGUUUGUAGCAAAUGAUUCUGGCAAAGUCCUUCGAGCUAUCUUCAUUGGCACUGCUGUUUUUAUCAUUGGGGCGGUUGCAACUUAUAUAAGAUUUAUACCAUACAUAAAGAAGAAUUACGAUUACGGAGUAGUGAUAUUUCUCUUGACAUUCAAUCUUAUAACGGUGUCAAGCUACCGAGUAGAUAGUGUGAUAACCAUAGCGCACGAUAGAUUCUACACUAUAGCCAUUGGUUGCGGAAUCUGUCUUUUCAUGAGCCUUCUUGUUUUUCCCAUAUGGUCUGGUGAAGAUCUACACAAGACCACCGUUGGUAAACUCCAAGGCCUCUCUCGCUCUAUAGAAGCAUGUGUGAAUGAGUACUUUGAGGAGAAAGAGACAGAGAAAGAAACAUCAGAUUCAAAAGAUAGAAUCUACGAAGGGUAUCAAGCUGUUUUGGAUUCUAAAUCCACUGAUGAAACACUUGCAUUAUAUGCAAAUUGGGAGCCAAGACACAGUCUAGGUUGUCAUAGAUUCCCAUGUCAACAAUACGUUAAAGUUGGAGCUGUUCUUCGUCAGUUUGGUUACACUGUUGUUGCUCUUCAUGGUUGCUUACAAACUGAGAUUCAAACUCCAAGAUCUGUUCGCGCGCUUUUUAAAGAUCCUUGUGUAAGACUAGCCGGAGAAGUAUGCAAAGCUUUGACGGAACUAGCGGAUAGCAUCUCCAACCACCGUCACUGUUCGCCGGAGAUACUUUCCGAUCAUCUCCACGUGGCACUCCAAGAUCUCAACUCCGCCAUCAAGUCUCAGCCUAAACUCUUCCUUGGCUCUAAUCUUCACCGCCACAACAACAAUAAACAACACUCCAAUAACAAACACCAAAACGGCACCGUUUCGCAACGCAACAGCAGCAACAACAUUGGAAAAGAUCUAAACGGCGACGUUUCACUUAACGAAACCGGUUUACGUAAAGGCCAAAACGGAGCCGUUUCGCUAUCGAGCUUUAGAACCGACACGUCAGCUUUGAUGGAGUACCGGAGAUCGUUCAAGAACAGUAAUAACAGCUCCGAGAAGUCGGCGGCGGCGGCGGCGGGGGAGAGGAGGAUGUUACGGCCACAGCUGAGCAAAAUCGCGGUGAUGACGAGCCUCGAAUUCUCGGAGGCUUUGCCUUUCGCGGCGUUUGCGUCGUUGCUAGUGGAGAUGGUGGCGAGGCUUGAUAAUGUAAUCGAAGAGGUCGAGGAACUGGGAAGGAUCGCAUGUUUUAAGGAGUACGAUAACAAGAGAGAUCCGACGGCUGACGAUGUCCGAUGCGAAAAACCGUCGAACGUUACGAUCAGUGUCAGCGCCGCGGAAUAAAGCAACGUACGGCGAUAAAUUUAGCGUUCUUUUAGAAUUAGAUGUUAAACCGAUCGGUAUAAGGCAUCGAUGACGACGAUUCGAUUUGAUCGGUAUGAUUCGGUUUGUCAUUUUAACGAAUAAGAAAAUAAUUAUUUACUA